CUCGUGCAGUCAGUUUGGUCCUGCGGCGCACGAGCGAGAGAAAGUUUAGAGCCGAAAGUUUGGAAGCGACAGUAUUUGAUCACAAAAGGAGAUUGGCUGCUGAGAUCAACUAUUUCUCGCUGGCUUAGUUUUUCCACUUGUGCAUUUCAUCGUUUAUCAGAAAAUAACGUUUUUCUGGUGUUUGGGGAAGAAGUCCGCGCCUCCUCCUCCUCCUCCUCCUCCUCCUCUUCCUCCUGCGCGCUGCCUCUUAUUCAUGCGGCGGAGGAGCGGAGCCCGCGGCCGAGGAUACAAUGAAGCAUGUGUCCGAGACAAUGUAGCGAGAUGCUCUGAUUCUGCUUCUCACAGGACGAGGGGGACGAUUUGCUCGACUGCAGAGGGACACCAGCGGCUAAAAGAAUGAAUCUUUAGCCUCUGCACGACAAGCUAUGACCAACAAGCCGACCAGAAUCUAGACAUCCAAGUGCCAACCCGGAAUUCAAGAAUGAAGACCAAAUAUGCAAUUGUCUUCAUCUGUAUUGUUGCCCUGGUCAUCAUCGAAAAGGAGAGCAAUAUCCUGUCAAGGGUCUCCGAUAAGAUAAUCCAGAGGCACGCUCCUCCGCUGGACCCACACUCACCGCUGGAUAACGGCAACACGACACAAAAUGGCCCCCUGUCCUUGCUCAAAAUGCUGCUUUCUAAACUCCCUGGUGCAAAAGGGAAUUACUCAAACUUUUCUGAUGAGCAAGAGGAUGAUGAACUGGACGAUUUAGUCACGUACAACUCCAGCCGUGGCCGUAAGCACGUAUUGCUCCUGGCCAGAACAAGAACAGGUUCCUCGUUUGUCGGGGAGAUUUUCAACCAGCACGGGGAGAACAUGUUCUACCUUUUCGAGCCUCUGUGGCACGUCGAGCGCAUGCUGAGUUCGGCCACAGAGGCAAACAAUGGGACAGUGUUGGCAGGAAUCUACCGGGAUGUACUCCGGGGGCUCUUCCUGUGUGAUUUCAAUCCUCUCGAGAAGUUCAUCUCUCCCCCACCUGAGGAACGCGUCACCGCUGCUCUUUUCCGCAGAGAGUCGAGUUUAUCGCUCUGUGAAGAUCAAGUCUGCAGUCCUUUCAUCAAAGAUGUUUUCGAAAAAUAUCGCUGUAAGAUUCGUCGCUGUGGGCCGCUGAACUUGACCCUCGCCUCGGAGUCCUGUCUUUCCAAACAACACCAUGCCAUAAAGACUGUCCGUGUGCGCCAUCUGGAAUCAUUGCAGCCGUUGGUGGAGGAUCCACGUCUGGAUGUGAGAUUGAUCCAGCUAGUCCGAGAUCCACGGGCCAUUUUAGCAUCCCGUAUGGCGGCUUUCUCUACCUACGAGGUGUGGAAGGCCUGGGCGCAGGACGGCCAGGUGCCCGAAGAUGACGAGGAGGUGAAGAAGCUCAAAGGAAACUGUGAUCAAAUAAGGAUGUCUGCAGAGGUGGGACUGAGCCAACCUCACUGGCUGAGGAAACGCUACAUGUUGGUGCGUUACGAGGACAUCGCCCUGUAUCCAAUGCAGAAGGCAGAGGACAUGUACAGGUUCGCAGGGAUACCAUUCAGUCCCCAAGCUAGGGACUGGAUUCUAAGGAACACCCAGACCACACAGGAAGAGGGCGACGAAUACUCCACCCGGAAGAAAUCAUCCGAGCAUGCAGAAAAAUGGAGGUUUAGCAUUCCCUUUACACUGGUUCAGGUGGUGCAGAGAGUGUGUGGACCCACCAUGAAGAUGUUCGGGUACAGGAUUGUGGACGAUGAAAAGACACUGAUGAACAAGUCCAUCAGUUUGCUCGAGGACAGACUGUUUCAUUAGCUUGAAGGUCACAAUUUGUAGCUGUGACUCUGCAGAACUCUGCAGGAGGAGCCAUUAUUGCACAGACCAAAACUAGUAAGCAAAGCUGCCAUAAGACACAAAAUGACAGCAUUAAGGCCAUACAGAUCUAUUCAUACUCACCAAUGACGUGCCUCAUUAUAACAAUGAAGAGCCACUUGAAGAUAAAGAGAAGUAUUUAUUUGCAUACUGUGUUCUUAAGUUAUAUCAUAGUACUUAAGAUAUGUCACGCUCUGUGUUUCAUUCAUACAAAAUAAGCAUAGACGUCAAGCACGACAGAUUGCCUGAGAUUAUUAUAUACGAUUUUAUUGAUAGAUGGUGAUGUUUAGAUUUUCAGGGAUAAACUACGGUGAAGGUGAAAGUGAUGUGAAAAUGAUGUGAUGUGAAAGUGAGAGUAAUACGGUUAAUGAUAAAGUGCUAAUGCUGCCUAGUUCAGCCUGUUUUCUAUAUUAACAGAUCUGCACUAGGAUAUCAUCACUUUAGAUUAGAUCAGACCUGAUGUGCGUUGAUAGGACUUUACAUAACUGACUCGGGUAAAGUGAAUGUUCAACGGCUUUUUCUGGUGUCUCCUGGUGUGAAAAUACAGUUUAAUCUCUAGCUGCUUUCAGACAUGCUCUGACAUUUCCCUGGGGUUUCCCAGAGGGGCUGUAUGUAGGAACGCAAAGGUCCAAGUUAGUUGCUUCUGACAUUUUCCAUAACGUUUCCUGCCGCCACUCGUAAAGCGUACGCAAAAUGUCGGAGUGAGCCCAUGCGGAAAUACAGCAGGUAAAUGUAAGAAAUAAUUCACAGCGAGCAAUUAAGCGCGUUGGUGACACUUCUAACGCAUGACAGAUCCAUAACCGAAAAAAAACAAAACAAUAAGAAUAUAAAUAUCUCAGGAUGAAAAAGAGGUGCCAUGUACAUAGAAGAUGCCAACAGCGAUAUCAAAAGAAAACCAGAUUAGAGAGCUUUUGGUGAUUGGGGCCUUCACCGCUGUUAAUGUGCUAUAAACAAAAACGAGGUUUUCUGCAGCGGAAUUUAUACGUCGUGUAUAUGUCAAUGUCCGGACCAAAUGUUCCGGACAUUUUCCAAAGUUCAUGUUUGAAAACAGCUUCUGAUGUCUCAAACCAAAUGCCAUUUAAAGCGGUUUUCUUCCAACAGAAGGUUGGUAAAGAUAAAUAUAUAUAGUAUAGUACUGGGUUAAAUAUAAUAAGGUUAAAUGAAAUGAAGCAACGCUAAAGAAGAAACAUACUUUACCUCAUAUACCUACAUGUGUCUUUAACAUUCAAGUGCUAUUUUUUACUCACUACUCAGCCAGUAGCUAUAUUUCCCCAGCUGCUUCCCCACCUCUGAGUAAAAAGAGCAGCUUCUCUGACCUGCUGCUCCUGUCGGCAGCUCGCACGGAAUGAAAAGGGAAGGACUCUGCUAAGUUAGAGCUGAUCCGUAUAUGUCAGAGAAAUAUGCCAAUACACACGUGAACAUUUGUGUGAGGAGUUUUUUUUAAAACUACUUUAUAACUUAAAGCAAUAAAAUCACGAGAAAUAUGAAGACGUGCAAUUUUCAAUCUUGAGAUUGUUUUGGGUUUUAGUUAAAUAUGUACAAUGCAUGUAUGUGACUGUAUCAAUGUGGCCUAUCUCUUUAAGUGAAACCCAGGUGCUGUAGCGUUAACUGUCCCUCUUGAUGGUAUAUAAAGGUAGCCACUGUGACUCUGCCUCAAUGGAAGCAUUGUGUUCAGCUUGGCUGAGGUACCGGGGAAACCGCCGGCCCGCUCAUGGAAAAAGGAUAUGCAUAGAUGUACAUAUAGUAGUGGGCUUACACUACCUUAGUGUUGAAAACAUAAAUAUGAAUACUGGCAGGUCUUGAGAUGCCCAGAUUCACUACUUAAGUACUGUGAAAUACCAACUGAAACAAUGGGUGUAGUCAGAGUGCACACACAUUCAGAUCCCCAAAGUCUCACUAAUAUGCUGGGAGCAGAUAUGUUUGACUGGUGGUUCGACCUUCAUAGAGAAAUGAUUGUCAACUUUGUUAAAAUAGUAUAAAAACUUCACUCACCAGAAUGGCACUCAGCGAUGUGUAUAACUCAGCCAACCAAGGCAGUAGAAGUACAGUCCCCUCAAAUUCAAUCAAGCUGCACCAAAUUACACACACUCGUAUUUCUCACUUCCCUAAAUAUGUCUAUUUAUUUCCUAAAGAUCUUUGAAUUAUUCCGUGGGAAAUUGGGGCAAAUGAAAAAAAAAAGUCCUAUCUUACGUUGUUAAAGAAAGUGAUAAAAAAAAAAGAUCCAACCUCAAAUUCUGAGACACUUCGCUUUUAAGCUGUGUUAACAGUACAUUUUACAUAGAUGAGAUCAAGUCAUUUUGGUGUUUGGGUCGAAUAAUAAAAUAUAUAAAAUACUGACUUCACUUUUUGUUGUGUCUGUAUUUUAUGAGGUGAAAAUCAAAUCGGAUGGGGUCCCAGUCAACAGCUCUGGUCUGCAUAGAUUUAUCCAUCCAUAUCCGAGCAGUUUUACUUUAGCUAAUGUCUGAUUAAAUACACGACAUAAGUUUUAGGCUAUCUCACCUUCUUUGAAAUGUUGGACUUGAGCAAACCAAACUGGGGAUACAGGUUGAAAAUAGUGUGCGAGGUAUAUAUGUGGACGUUUUGAUGUUUCUCUGCUCUGAAAAUGUGUCACCAUUGUAAAACAUUGCAACCUAAAUGAAUUCAAGAUUACUUUUCUUGACAAAUAAGCAAAUGUUAGAGCCACAUUGUUUCAAUAUUGAGGCCGAAUGUCUGAUACUUUAAAGGGACUUACUCUGAAGAAAAUGAUAAUGUUUCAUAGGUUGUCAAAGUUAUGGGUUUCUUAAAUGCUUAAAUGACCGGCUGUCAGUUUUACCUAUUAAAACUUCAUUUGCAGUCUCAUUCUGGUCUUUCUUGCAAACUAAACCAUUAUUUUAAAGCAACUAGAAAUGUAUCACACAGAUGUAAAUGUUAGUUUGUUCUAUUGAAAUGAUCAUUCAUUUGAUUCCUUUGAUUAAA